GGCCGCUUCUUUCUUCUCCCCGAAAAACAGGCAAUGGACACAUGGGGGCCUGGAUACGAGCAGUUUUAUGCCCCAGGGGCAGGAGGAUAUGCCACCGAGCUCAAGGUCACACAAGCACUCCACUGUUUAGAUCACCUCAGAGAAGCAUUUUACCCUGAUUACUACCCGCUUAACAGUGCUAUUCACGGUAUGAUACACCAAAAUCACUGCCUCGAUCACUUACUGUAG